UAAGACUUCUAAACCUGAAAACUUUCAAAUCUGAUCACUUUCACCAGCUGAAGAUGAGGUUGAGUCUGGUGUUCUGCACUUGGCUCUGUGUAGCCUCAUGGAUGGCCGGGGUCUAUGCAAAUGUUGGACCCAUCAAGAGCUGUUGUCUUCAGCUGUCACAGACAAGAGUCCACCCUAAUAACGUAGUGGACUACACCGUACAAACUACAGUGCUGUGUCCCAUCGACGCUAUAGUGUUACACACCAUAGGCAGGAAGAGGAUCUGCGCUGACCCAGGAAGGGAUUGGGUGAGGAAGGCCGUGGGAAAGGUGGAUGAAGCCAGAAUGAUCAAGAGAGAGAGAGAGUAA